AUUUCUAGUCCAGCUGAUCAUUUGAUAGUGGUCCACAACCCACAGUUCCCAGUCUGUGGUAAACUAGACCACACUUCUGUGUAGCCUAGAUUUAGUAGAAAGUGAACAGCUGAUUCACAGUUACGAUGGCUGAAAUAGCAACAGCAGCCAAUGAAGGACCAAACACGAAACCCUUGCUUGAGAAGCCUCAUCCAGACGGUGAUGUUAAGGUGAUCAACUUUUCGGAGAUGGAAUUAGAAAACGCCAAAGUCAAUGAUGAACACGGUAUGGGGGUUCGUCACCCUACUACUUUCUUUGAGACCCUGUUCCACUUGAUCAAGGGAAACAUAGGAUCUGGAAUGUUUGCAAUGGGAGAUGCCUUCAAGAACGCAGGUCUUAUGCUCGGCCCCGUGCUGACAGUCUUCCUUGGAGUCAUUUGUGUUUACGGGAAUCACGUCUUGAUCAACAGUUCUAAAGAGUUAGCUCAGCGGCGUAACCUGAAAGUAUAUCCAACGUUUCCUGACACGAUGGAGUGGGCCUUCCAAACGGGUCCACGAUACUUCCGUCGCUUCUCAAAAACUAUCAGACUGAUGGUGAAGAUUUUCAACAUCAUUGCUCAGCUGGGAUUUUGUUCGGUUUACUUUGUUUUCAUAUCAUCAACACUAACAACGAUCCUGGAACACUACGGUCACCAUGUAGAUGUCCACGUACUCAUGGCGCUCAUCUUCAUUCCGAUGGUGUCUACCGCGAUGGUUCGUUCCCUCAAGUUCCUCGUUCCGUUCUCGGUGCUGGCCAACAUUCUGACUGGCCUAGGAGUGUUCUUGACAAUGUACAUCUCCAUGCACGACCUACCUCCCGUAUCGUCCAGGCCUGCCAUCGCUCCUAUUGAUAGGCUGCCGCUGUUCUUCGGCACAGCCAUCUACUGCUUCGAAGGAAUCGGUUUGGUUUUACCACUCCAAAGUGAGAUGAAGAAACCAGACAAGUUCGGAGGUUGGUUCGGGGUGCUGAACGUUGGAAUGUCAUUAGUCGGAUGUGUUCUGCUGUGGAUGGGUUUCGUUGGAUACCUCAAGUAUGGAGAGGAUGUGGAGGGCAGCCUUACGCUCAACUUGCCUCCGGCUAGUGUGUUCUCUGAGGUGGUCCAGCUCACCAUAGCCGUAGGGUUACUCUUCUCCUAUGCUCUACAGUUCCACGUGGCUGUCUGUUUUGUGUGGCCAGACUUCAACAGGAAGCACGGACCAUUCAAGAGACCUGUGCAGGCAGAGCUCUGUGUCCGCUUCUGUCUGGCUCUUGUCACAUUCAUCGCAGCUGAGGUAGUGCCACACCUUGGACUAUUCAUCUCUCUGCUCGGAUCUGUCAGUAGUACAGCUCUCGCACUAGUGUUUCCGCCCCUCUGCGACCUCGCCCUGCACUACGGCCGCACUCCGGGGCCGAACUACGCCUUUGACGUGCUCUCCCUCACCCUCGCACUCAUCGGCUUCCUCACUGGAUCGUACUUCAGUCUACACGACAUCUUUGUAGCAUUCUUCGGUCAGUCGUCAUGACAGAAUGGAACGAUUUUUUUAACAAAUGUAUGUUUUCAGAUCCAAAAGUGUAUACAUGGUGGAUCGUUGUGCUUACGCUGGUUGAAUUUCACCCACUUAAAGUGUAGUGUUGUCUUGUAUUUUAUGCGGAAAUGUAAAGUAGCGUAUUGAUUUAGUCAAAAAUGCAAUAUUGUAUUUAAGUGAGGAAUUUGUAUUUAUUUUGGAGAUUUCAUAACGUUUUGAUGUGCCUUAGGGAUAAUUUUUCCAACUGUUGUGUAGUUAUUGAUAUAAAACUGUAAGAAUUUUGAUUAAUUUACAAAUGUAACUAUUAUUUUCAUUGUUACGCUGGUUACCUAUGAUAUUAGCAUUUAGCAGCUUUAAUCGAUGACAGAAGGAGCUUGCUUAUCAACGAGCAAGAAAUAGGUGUGUUCAAUAACAUUUUUGCUUUUAAUAUAAUUUUUCAAAAAAUCUAAAUAUUACUUGCCAAAAUCUGUUUUGUUUCAUCAAUAACUUACACAAUGCAUAAAUAACAUACUUCAUUGACUAUUGACAUAAACUAACUGUUCUCUUAGUUACAGCAUACUAUUACAUACAAAUAAAAACAUUUUAACACAGUGCUAAAAGUAAUUUAAAUGUAAUUAAUUGAAAUAUUUGUACCGUCUGAUUUUAUUAGGUUUCAUUUCGGGUCAUAUUUCUUUGCUGUUAUUUACAUUAGUGCAAUGUUUUUAUGUUAUUUCUAAAAUACGGGUAACCGAGUGGUUAGUGUUUAACUUAUUAGAAAAGAAGGUGCUUCGCCUAAUAAAUAGAAUGGUAGUUGUUGCUGAUGAGAAGAAUGUCAGUAGUUUUACAAUGGUUUAUAACUGGAUCCAGCUGUCCUUGAUCAUGAAGCUUUAAUUUUCCUAAAUCUAUCUAUCUAUACA